GUCCGGGGUCCUUUUGCUGUAAGCUCGUGCCACUGUGUGCUCGACGCGAGAACCUCUCCAACGGUCCAACCAGUGGGAGAGGUUUUGCAUAUCGCUCCAGGUAGAUUCAUGUCGGCAGGGAUAGUCACGCAGAGCGAAUGCGACGGAGGGUUUGUCGAGACAUAUAACGACUGCGAGCCCUCUCAAACUCUCUCCAGCUCCCACCCCCUUCAGCCCGCGCUUUGUGUUUCACGACCUUUCCAGUUGCCCUUUGUCGAGCAAUAGGUACAAGCCGCCCACCAUGACCGAAGAAAAGGUAGCACCGGCCUCGGCCGUGGCCCCGGCUACCCGCGUCGACAGCGCCGAGCCCCGCCCUUCCUACACCGGCAGCGUCACCGUCCACCCCGAUGAGAAGGGCGCAAUGGGCGGCGAAUGGACGGAGCCCAUCGUCGACACUAAGGUCCCCGAGACCGAAGAGCACAAGGAGGAGGAUCUCUACCGCCCGCUGAAGAUGGAUGAGAAUAUUCCACAUGAGGAGAACAUCUUGACCGUUCGAGCUAUUGUUGUUGGCUGUAUUUUGGGAUCCUUGGUGAACGCGUCCAACUUGUAUCUUGGCUUGAAAACUGGCUUCACGUUUGUGGCCUCGAUGUUUGGUGCCAUUUUUGGCUACGGAAUCUUGAAGAUGCUUUCGACAACGAGCCUUCCAAUCCUCGGUGGAACCUUUGGCCCUCAAGAGAACUCAAUUGUUCAAGCUGCUGCCACCGGUGCCGGAGGUAUCGCAGGUAUCUUCGUUGCAGGUAUCCCUGCCAUGUACAGACUCGAUCUCAUGCCUAGCACGCCGGCUGGUGAUAUUGGCAAGAUCUUCACCUUGACUCUCUGCUGCUCCUUCUUCGGCCUCUUCUUCGUUACGCCGCUGCGCAAGUUUUUUAUCAUCCGCACUGCCCGCGAGCUCAAGCUCAUGUUCCCGACCUCGACCGCCACGGCCCUGACUAUUCGAUCCAUGCACGCUGGUGUCAAUGGCGCCCGUGAGGCCGCUAUCAAGCUCAAGGCCUUGGGAAUUGCCUUUGGAGUCUGUAUCGCGCACCGCGUGGCAUCGUACUACGCUAUCGGAAUUCUCUACGACUGGCACAUCAUGUCAUGGAUUCACAUCUGGUCGGGUUACACGAGCUCCGCUAUGAAUAUCGAAUCAUGGGGAUGGUACUUUGAGUGGACGACCGCUUUCAUUGGCUCCGGCAUGCUUAUUGGCAUGAACUCUGCCUGCUCCAUGAUGGGAGGAGCCGUUCUUGCCUGGGGAGUUAUCGGGCCCGUCCUCGUUCAUUACGGCGAAUGCAUCGGUGUCCAGGCCUCCGAAGACCCGAACUGGUCCGGUCUCUACUCCUUCACCUCCCUGAAGCACAUCGGCCAAGGCCCGCCAUCCCCCCGAUACUGGCUGCUGUGGCCCGGUGUCAUGAUCAUGGUGUGCUCUUCCAUGGGUGAGCUUAUCGUCCACUGGAAGAUCAUCUACUUUGGCUUUGCUGCCGGCUGGAGGUCAAUCUGCCUCUCCAUCCACGAGACCGCGAUGAAGAAGGGCAAGCGCAUCGAAUUCUUCGCAAAGUACGCAGAGGCGGAAGAGAAGCGCGAGGUCGAUGCUGUCGAGGACCCCGCGACUCCCGAGCAACAGGUCAAGACCUGGAUCUGGGUUGUUGGUCUCUUCGCUUCCAUCAUCCUGGCCUGCAUCGUCAUGGGUCUGCAAUGGCAGGUCAACGUUGGUGUCACCAUCCUCGCCUUGGUCCUUGCCUUCUUGUUCUCUUUCCUCGCCAUCCAGAUCGGUGGUGUCACUGAUCAGACGCCCCUUACCGCUGCUGCCAAGGCCGCUCAGCUUGUUAUCGGUGGUACCACCACUGGCGCCGGUUACACUAUCCAGCACGCCCAGAAGAUCAACCUCAUCUCCGCCGGUCUCGCCGCCGGUGCUGCUGACGUUGCUACGGCUCUGACGUCCGAUUUCCGUACCGGUUUCUUGCUCGGCACCCCUCCCAACAAGCAGUUCAUCGCCCAGGCUAUCGGAACCUUCGUCUCCGUCUGGCUCGCGCCCGGUCUGUUCGUUCUUUUCACCACUGCCUACCCUUGCAUCACGGACGCCGAGGCAGAGCACUGCCCCUUCCUGGUUCCUUCCGUCAGUGCCUGGGCUGCCGUGGCCGAGGUUGUCACCAGCCCCAACGUCCCCAUCCCUCGCUCUUCCGGCAUCUUCGCCAUUUGCCUUGGUAUCUUCUCUAUUCUCCAGGUCAUCUUCCGCCACUACUACCUAGUUGGAUCCCGCGAGAAGUACCAGCAGUGGCUUCCUAACUGGGGUGCCAUUGCCCUGUCUUUCGUCAUUCCCGGUCCCGUCUUCGUCAACGCCGCCUUUGUCGGUGCCAUUAUUGCCUUCAUCUGGCGCCGCUGGAAGCCUGCUUCCUUCGAAAUUGCCUGCUACGCUAUUGCUGCGGGUAUGAUCGCCGGAGAGGGUAUGGGUGGUGUUAUUGGCGCUGCCCUUCAACUCGGCAACGUCUCUAGUGACAGAUAUGGUACUGGAGGUCUGGCCUGCCCCGAUAAUGCUUGUUAAACUGGCAAAAGUUGUUAGAAGCACGUAUAGUCUCUGUCGGGUGUUGGACGAGUAUGAAGGCCGGAGGCCGUCACCUUUUCCAAGGAGCCUGGUCUUCAGUCCGGUCCUUGGUAUUGGUGUAUCAUUGAGCCGCUCUGACUGAGCUGUUGAUAGCUCAGUCCGAGGCCAGUUUCACUCCCAUCAUCCAGAGCUGCACUGCCCUCUACAAAUAUGAUUGAAGAUGUUAGCCAUGAGUUAUAAUAUUGUAAUACAAAGAUGAACCCCUCGAGGUCAUUAUCAUACCCAAGAAUCACUUUACUAAGAGCAUGACACAAGUGGUUUCGCUCAUUCCGACACAACAUAACCCUCC